AUGGAGGAAGAAGUGGUGCAGUCUGCUACAUGGGAAGAGGAUGAGCCUCAAGACCAAGCGGGGGAACACGACCAAGCAUCUAAUUGGGUCGAGUGCUUUAGCGAUGAUGGUGAGAGGUACUUUACCAACACUGUUACUGGCGAGACGUCGUGGACCAAGCCAGGAUCCGAUUUUGAGCAAGACCAGGCUGGUGCGUGGCAGGUUGAUAGCGUUAUAGAAUCCACUGCAGCCGAGUUCUCGGCUAACGAAGCCGUCACCGCUGCGCAAGACGCUGUGGCCGACGAAUCUUGUCAAGCCACGCAAUGGUUGGAGCUGUACGACCAAGACCAUCAAACCUUAUAUUACUUUGCGACACAAUCGGGUGAAACUCGUUGGGAACCUCCCCUGGAAGGUACAAAUCUGGUUCGAAAGUGUGAUAGUGAUGCAGUAUUGAGCGCGGUGGUGUCGUUGCAGAGUGCUACUAGGUCGCAGCAAGCUCGAGCGAGAGUAUCAGCGAUGCGACAGCAGAAAAUGAAGGAACAAUCAGAAGAUACCAACAUUGAUAACAAGAUCAGUAGUCUAGACGAAUACACAGAGGUGAACGACAACGUCAACACUGACGCAGUUCCAUCAAGUACGGAAGAUCUAGGUUUACAAAACAACGAAUCGCAGUGGGUCGAAGUGUUUGACCCCACGACGCAACAGCAGUAUUACUACAGCCCAAGCACCAGCGAAACUCGCUGGGAUCCCCCUGAAACAUUCGUGUCCUCUUUGGAAGAUCGCAAAAUGGCUGCUGCAAUUUCGAUACAGUCGCUAUCACGUGGACGCAUAGCUCGUAAGCAAGUUCAUGAACGGCGAGCACAUUCUCACUCGAUUCAAGACGAAUUUGAGCGCGAAACUAUUUGCUGUCGUGAGAUGCGCCUUCAGGAGCUACUACAGAUCGAAAGUGGCGACCGAUUCUGGGGACUAGACAAUUACGAGCGUGAGUUGUUGCAGAAACAUGCCGAGGAAGAGAGGAUUAAGACAUUGAAUGACCAAGAUCUCUCGUCUUAUCCCCAACAUUCAAACGAUAUUCAUUUAUCGCUGGAUUAUCUCGACUUCGAAGACGAGGAAGUAGAUCCAGAGCGCUUGGAGCGGGAGCAACAGAAAGAGCACAAUGCUCGUAUUGCAAUGCACCGCGAAGAGACCCAACAGUGUCAGAAUGGAGACAUUUUCUGGGGUAUCCAAGCAGAGGAGACUAGGCAACUUGCUGCCAAUAUUGCUAUGGCUCAGGAGGAGGCAGCCAGUCGCCGUUUUGCGAAGAACGUGCUUGAACAAGCACUCAAUGAGACGUGGGAAGCUGAGGUGCUACAAAAUGCUACAAACGAACUUGCAGCACGUGGCGGACAGGAGCAGCGUAUGCAGGAAAGAUACCUCCGUUGGUUCUACCAGCAGUGCGUAUCUGUUGAUGAAUUACUCGACUAUCGAUGGCCAACCAAACAGCAACAAGAGAGUCUGAACGCAUCCUCAUCACCUGUCAAGCGGCGACGACAUCAAGUUGUUCGUCCGUAUCCUGAAUCGGCUGUUUCAGCAACACCAUACCCGCUAGAUGACUUGGUAUUUCGCGAUCGAUUGGAGCACGGGGAUCUACGCUACGGACUCAGAUCGGUCUUGACGAUCCACUGUCAGACUGCUCGCGGCACAAGCGGCACUCGCUAUGAGAUCACAAAGGCUUCUCCAGAGUGUGCAUUCGACGAAGACACGGCUGCAGCUCUCUUGAAGAAUCAAACACUGGAAUUCUUGUCCAGCAAUGAUUCACUGAGUGGAUUCGAAUAUCUGGAUGACCGUAUUGGAGAUAAAAGUCAAGACGAUGGAGCGAUACUGGGAUCGUCGGUCAACUACCGCCGCUCUCAAACGCCUGAUCCACACAUUCCUGCGCGAUUUAACGGGGUUCCUUACAAACCAAAUCAGAUAAGCCCUACUCGAGAAAUUCUAAGUGGAGACCAUCGCAAGCUAAACCAACUCCCGUCUCUUACCAAGCAGAAGCUAACAGACUCGCCAAAACUCCGUCAGCGGCAGAAGGCAAAGGCCAAAGCUCGAAUGUAUCCGAAAGUUUCGAGUCCUGUCUCGCAGUCAUCGAACAACAGAAAUGGCGCUGACUCAGCUCGCGAAUGUGAAGAAGUCAAAACUGAGGACGACAGCCUCCACGCCCAGUUCAAACGACACGAGCACAAAGUCUUGUCACAGCUCUUUUCACUUAUGGACUUGGAUGGAAGUGGCACCGUGAACCAGGACGAGAUGAGGUGGGCUCUUCAGCGAGACGCAGAAAUACACGCACUCGCCAAGACUUCACCGCUGCUUAGCAUUCUUCUCAAACAGCGUACGCGUCUGGAAGCGCUAUUUUCCAAUCGUACUGUGAAUGACCCACUCAGUCCUAAUAUGGACGACGCCAAUAGCAGCCACGAGCUGUCCUGGGAUGAAUUCCUGGCGAGAUGCGAGGACUCGUAUCUCCGUCUGAUGUCGGAUGGUCUCAUCCAGCCUGAUGUCGUUAGUACUGAGCGUAGUGAGACGGCGAAAGAUUUCAAGAACAACCGUCAGAAUGGACGUUCGCAGUCGUCGGCGGGAGACACUGAAGCUCGAACCAUCCGACGCGUCUUCGCACUGCUGGACGGUGACGGUAAUGGCGUCGUAGAUGUCGCCGAAGUUCAGCGGACCUUGUACAAUUCGGCUGCAACCACACCCGAUAGUCCUUCUGGAUCGGGAGCGGUAUCCAAGGAGCUACGCGCACUGGUAGAAGGCUCAAGUGCACUUCAGCCGAUGCUACACCAAGAGCUUUUCAUGACGGCAUUUAUAAAAUUUGAACCCAUGGACCCACGUGGUAUCAGUGAAGAAGAAUUUGUAGCCUUUUGUCUCGAGAUUGCUCAGGUUGCUGCUGCUAACAACUUGGUGGAAACGGUAGUAUAG